AGAUUUGACAAAAGACAUUGCGGAUUGACAAUUCUUCAUCGUCCCUGUUUUUUAUUUCCCCAAACUCACCGCCGGCGACGGGGAACAGGAGGCCAGUUCUCCUUUCGCCGGAAUCUGUCCCUCCCCGCCCUCCUCCUCUCGCCUCUGCGGGUACUGGACCACCGUGGAGCGGGCAUCCAUCCGGGCCUCGUCCAUUCCUUCCUUUGCUUCCAUCCAUGGUUGGACUAGGUUCGUCUUCUCCAUCGCGGAAGCUCAACCCAAGUUGACGCCAGAAGAGAAUCGGUGCCCUAGCUGUUCGCGCAGGUCCCUUCGCGCAGAAGAUUUGGGGAUCGAGUCGAACCCUAUGUCCCGCUUUAAGCCUGCCGCCGGCCUGCCCCCUUACCACCACCGGGCGCUCCCCGGUCCUGGACCCGGCCAUGGGCAAGGUCCAGUUCCCACGGCGCAUGGGAUGAUGCACCGGGAGGUCCGUGACCCGUACGGGCCACCGGGGCCGGGGAUGCACCUACCGCCGCCGGGUCAGGGGCCUGGUCCGUUCCCCUACGACAUGCUGCCCCCGCCGGAGGUCCUGGAGCAGAAGCUUGUGGCGCAGCGCGGGGAGAUGCAGAAGCUGGCCGUGGAGAACGACCGGCUUGCUGCGAGCCACGCCUCGCUGAGGAAGGAGCUGGCUGCGGCGCAGCAGGAGCUGCAGAGGCUGCAGGCGCAGGGGGAGGCUGCGAAAGCCGCCGAGGAGCAGGAGAUGAGGGGCCUCCUUGAUAAGGUUGGGAAGAUGGAGGCCGACCUGAAGGCCUGUGAGAACGUGAAGGUGGAGCUGCAGCAGGCGCACGCUGAGGCGCAGAACCUUGUGGCUGUGAGGCAGAGCAUGAUGGCCAAUGUGCAGAAGCUGAGCAAGGACCUGCAGAGGAACCUCGGUGAGGCGCAGCAGCUUCGGGCACUCGUGGCUGAACGGGAUGCUGCAAGGCAAGAAAAUCAGCACCUCAGGAAUACGUAUGAUUACGAAAGGAAACUCAGGGUGGAUCACUCUGAGUCUUUGCAGACAAUGAAGAGGAAUUAUGAGUCCAUGGUUACGGAGCUUGAAAAACUUCGUGCUGAGUUGAGGGACACGUCUAAUCUUGACAGAAGUGGUUUUUUCUACAAUAAUACCACCCAAAAUGCUGAUGGUAUAUCUAGCCAACUUUCUGUUGGACAAAUUUCUUAUGAUAGUGGCUAUGGAAGUGCACAGGCAAGGACAACUCCUACCGGUCUGGCAGACCCUUUAAGUGGAAGCCCUGGAGGGACUGGUCUUCAUUCUGGAUUUGAUCCAUCAAGAGGCAAUGCAUAUGAUGGUUCUCAUGUUGCCAAUUUCAGUUCUUCAAAAACUGGGACCCAUGAUGGAUCAAGGGGUGCCACUGGCUUUGACGCUCUGAAGGGUUCUGGGUAUGAUGCUUCAAAGGCACAUCUAAUUGGACAGGCAUCAGCUACAGCGGCUCAUGGGGGCCUUGCUGGUUACUACGGGUCCAAUCAGGCAACAUCGGCUCCAUAUGCAUGGGGACAAUCUGCAUCGACCUAUGGAUCUGUACAAGUGCCACCAUCUUACGCAUCAGGGUCAAACACAUCCUACGGCGCAGCAGCAGUGCGCCCCUAUGGCUCAGCUCAGGCGCAACCAUCAUAUGGACAAACACAGGCACCAUCUGCGUAUGGGCACACACAGCUACCAUCAUCCUUUAGUCUAGCACAGUCACAAUCUCCCUUCACUGCUGCACAGGGGUCCUCUCCCUAUGGGCUGGCUGCACAGCCUCCAGCAUAUGGAUCUGGGCGAGCAGGCACUAAUGCUGGCAACUAUGAAGCUUCUCAUGGACGUAAAUAAAUUUGCAGGCAAAUUUAUAAUACUUGGCUGCUUUCAAAAGAGAGUUUUUUGUACACUGAGUUAAAAUCCUUUCUGUAGCUACUGAAACCUUGUUGUUUAACUGUUUGGAGAUGCCAGAGGAAUCUGUUACAAUCGAUAAAAAUCUGUAAACAUGUAUCGUGAUGCUUCUGAUGCA